UGCCCCCCGCCCGGGGCGUCUCCAUUUUAGCCGUGAGUAGAGAGGCCGCCGGGACGAGCGGUUUCUCGGUGCGGAGUCAUCAGUAGUCAGAGGUCCGAGUCGGCUCACCGCACUUCCCCCCUUCCUCCCGCUGCCCGCAGAGGCCGGGGUCGCGCAUGGCGGGCCUGGAGGUCCUGUUCGCGUCGGCAGCGCCCGCGAUCACCUGUGCGCAGGACGCGCUGGUCUGCUUCCUGCACUGGGAGGUGGUGACGCACGGCUACUACGGCGUGGGCGCGGGCGACCAGCCGGGUCCCAGUGAUAAAAAAUCAGAACUGCUGCCUGCUGAGUGGAACAACAAUAAAGAUCUGUAUGUUCUCCGGUAUGAGUCGAAGGAUGGGUCCCGAAAGCUCCUUGUGAAGGCUGUCAGCGUGGAGAGGAGCAUGAUCAUCAAUGUGCUGGAACAUGGCUCACAGCAAGUGUCAGACUUGACCCUCAACUUGGAUGAUUACAUCGAUUCAGAACACCUGCUUGACUUCCACAGGACCUUCAAGAAUAGUGAGGAGCUUCGGUCUCGUAUUGUGUCUGGAAUCAUCACACCUAUCCAUGAACAGUGGGACAAAGCUAGUGUAAGCAGUCCCCAACGGGAGUUUCCCCCUGCCACUGCCAGAGAGGUGGACCCGCUCCGGAUUCACCCACAGCACCCACACACUAGCCAGCAGCCUCCUUGGUGUGAUCCCCUGGGCCCAUUUGCUGUCGGGGGAGAGGACCUAGACCCCUUUGGGUAUCGGAGAGGUGGCAUGAUUGUGGAUCCCCUGAGAUCGGGCUUCCCAAGAGCACGUAUUGACCCAUCCUCAGGCCUCCCAAACCGGCUUCCUCCCGGCGCUGUGCCUCCAGGAGCGCGCUUUGACCCCUUUGGACCCAUUGGGACCAGCCCCGCUGGACCUAACCCAGACCAUCUCCCCCCACCGGGCUACGAUGACAUGUACCUGUAAAAGCCUCAAGAAUGUGACAUCCCAGCCUUCUCUCCACUCUCCUGGAGCUGCCAGCUCUGGCCCCGUCAGCAACCGAAUUCUUGCGGGCUGGAGGCAAGGGACACUGCCCACGUGUUUGCAGGCUGGCUGGGAUCGCCUCCCUACCCCUUGUCAGAGCCAAGGCACCUGCUGCAGCUCUCUGCUUGGCUUCAUAUAGGUCCCAAAGAGAAAUCAGUGUUUCUCUCCCCACCAGCUCUUUCCCACUUUCCAAGGGAGACUCUGGCAACAUAUACCCUCGACCCAAUGCAGCGCUAAAAGAACAACGCAUUUUGGAUGUUAUUAUUAAGAACCAAAUGUCAAUACAAAAGUCAUGUUGCCGUGUCCCACUUUUCUUUGCUGCACAGUUCCUUCCAAUUAUGAGACUUCUGAGUUUGAAUCUUUGUGGGGCUAAAUGACUCCUUUCUUGCCCAGGGCCCAUCCUUACUUCUCAGGCACCUUCCCUUCAUAAAUUGCUGUUGGCUCCUGACAUCACCAGGAUGGGUCCCAGUGUGCCUGCAUGGAUGAAAAUGAGUGACUGGAAAUGCCAUAGGCCACAAGGAUGGUUUCGCACAGGCAGACACAGAAAGACUGCAUGCUUCUAUGGAGGGCAGAAUCCUCCAGGUCGCCUAUCUGACCCAGUCCUGAGUCCGUCUGUGCCUGGGCAAAGGCAGCCUAUAAAAAGAACAGACCUGAGAGGCUAAUCUCUCUUACCACUAAAUUACUAAGUGCCCUAAGUCCCUCCCCCUCUCUGGCUUUUGUGCCCACCUGUGGAAUCAGGUGCCUUUCCUACUCUAAAAUCUUCAGAUGCCUGCUUCUGUGUAUGGUGACCCCUGGGAACUGGGGCAGAAGGAAAAUGAAGGUCCAAGGCUUCGUGUGGUACCUACAGAGUCUGUAACUCUGCUUCUCACCCCUUGUGGGGGCAGAUGAGCGCAGGAGCACGGGCUCCACCUGAGCAUGGUGUUGAACCCUGGGAGGAGCAGGGAGGCCAGCCUGGAAGCCACUGGCUGAGGUGGAUGGAAGAACUAGUCAAGCACGAAACAACCCAGAAAGGCAUUUCACCCCCUGACUGGUGUUCUCCGGAUCCUUUUCAGCCCAAGGCCUGACAGACGUCAGUGAUGGACCACGUGCUGGUCCAGCCUUGUGCUGGAGUGAAAAGAGCACCAUAGAGUACCAGGCUCAGAGGCCAGAGGUCAAAGGACUAGACACUUUGGCUCUACAACUAGCAUUUCAACCAUGUUGAGUCCUCUCACUUCUCAGCUCCUUGGGUUCCUUCCCCUUCCCCUAAAUUAGGACAUAUUUGCCUAUGGGCAGAGGGCUACCAGAGCCCUUCUGAGGAUUCUGUGAAUGUGCUAUAGCCUGGAACUGCCUGUCUGCCCUGCCUGCAAGUGGGUUAGGGGCAAAACAAACCUGCACAUAGGCUCAGGGUCAGCCUAAGAUGGAGGCUGGGCCUGGAUGGGAGGCUAGCCUGAGUGGGCUCACUGGGCAUUUCUGGCAGACCCCAUCUCAAGCACUGAUCUAGUAAAAGACCACCUGAGUCCUUGAGAACGUGCGCUCUGCAGAAGGACCCAGAGGUCAGGCAGAGGUACAAAUGCAGUCACUCCGAGUUUUCCUCGAGGGUCAGCAAAUGGGUGGAAUGUUUCUGUUUUGAAAUUGGGUUAUAUCUGCUACCCAAAGGACUUGGGGAAAUUUGCUCAUAAAAAUAUCCUUUACUGUAAAAGGAAGCAUUUUUAAAGGAAUAUCAGACCAGAGAACAUCUGACAAGCAGGGAAGGGGUAGAUCACUCUUAGGACCCUGGUUCAAAGAGAAGACAAGGUUGAAACAAUAAAUUUGCCACCUAGAUUUACUGGUAGCAGAAGUCGAAAGGAUAGUCUGAUACAGAAUUCUGUUCUCUGAAAACAGAAACUUUAGUGAUUCAUCUGCAGAGUCAACCAUUUUUUGUAUGUGGGUCUCCUUGCAUCAAGGACAUUGAGUAACACUGGUGAAGUCUUAAUUCUGUGGGUGCUUUUAGGAACUUCAGUCGGGCCACAUCCCUCCUUUCAGCCACGAGUAAUCACCAAGUUGCAAAUGGGAAUGGUUCAGGUGUAUGUUUUUUGGAACCCAAAAGGUUGGAGCCUUAAUAAAUGUUAGCACUUACUAACCUAGUUCUUUUUUCAUAACUUUAUUGAUAUAUAAUUCACAUACUCAUGAAGUUCACCCUUUUAAAGGUGUGCAUUUAAGUGGUUUUUAGUGUAUGCACAGUGUGCAUCCAUCACUGUACCUAGUUCCUGAGCA